CGCGCGGGGAGCGGCCCGGCCGGGGCGCGAUGGGCCGGAGGCGGCGGCGGCCGCCGCGCUGCAGACGGGCGCGCCCGGAGGCCGAGCCGGCGCCGCGAGCAGCCUGAGCCGCCCCGGGACCCCCAGGCAGCUGUGCCCUGAUGGAUAUUGAUCUGGACUAUGAGAGACCCAAUGUUGAGACCAUUAAGUGUGUGGUUGUCGGGGAUAAUGCCGUGGGCAAGACACGCCUCAUCUGUGCCAGGGCCUGCAAUGCAACCCUCACCCAGUACCAGCUGCUGGCCACCCAUGUGCCGACCGUCUGGGCCAUCGACCAGUACCGCGUGUGCCAGGAGGUGCUGGAGCGCUCCCGGGACGUGGUGGACGAGGUCAGCGUUUCUCUGCGGCUCUGGGACACCUUCGGGGACCACCACAAGGACAGGCGCUUUGCCUACGGCAGGUCAGAUGUGGUGGUUCUCUGCUUCUCCCUGGCGAACCCCAACUCCCUGCGCCAUGUGAAGACCAUGUGGUAUUCGGAGAUCAAGCACUUCUGCCCACGGACGCCCAUCGUGCUGGUAGGGUGCCAGCUAGACCUGCGCUAUGCUGACCUGGAGGCAGUCAACCGUGCCCGGCGCCCUCUGGCCAAGCCCAUCAGACCCACGGACAUCCUGCCGCCCGAGCGGGGCCACGAGGUAGCCAAGGAGCUGGGGGUGCCGUACUACGAGACCAGCGUGGUGGCACAGUUCGGCAUCAAGGAUGUCUUUGACAACGCCAUCCGCGCCGCCCUCAUCUCCCGCCGCCACCUGCAGUUCUGGAAAUCCCACCUGAAGAAGAUGCAGAGGCCCUUGCUGCAGGCACCCUUCCUGCCCCCCAAGCCACCCCCGCCUGUCAUCCACAUCCCGCCCCCCCCCACAAGCGGUGGCCAGGGCCCCGCUGCCCUUUUCUGCACCUCCCUCUGCGCCGACGUGGUCUUCCAGCUGCAGGGCGGGCACAGUGUCUUCGCCCAUCGUGUCUACCUGGCCACGUCCUGCUCCAAGUUCUAUGACCUCUUCACCCUGGAGGGGUCGGUGACCCAGGCCGGGGAGCCCUGUGGUGUGGAGUGGCGGGCGGCCAAGGAGCCAGCUGCCAGGACUAAGAGCCUGGAGAUGGAGAAGGGCCUCCCAGAUGAUGGGGCCCAGGCCCCUCUCAGGAUUUCGCAGAGUGAUGAUCCCCUGCGGCUGGUGCAGGGCGAAGGCCAGCAGCCUCCAGGGGCCAGGGGCCAGGAGCUGUCGGGCUGGGGCCGGGGCUUUGUCAGCAUGCAGCUGGAGUUGGUUCAGGACCCCGUGACCCAGCGGGAGAAGCAGAUGACGGUGGUGUACAUGGACUGCCUGGUCCAGCCUGGGCCCUUCCAGGCAGUGCUGGAAUACCUGUACACGGGCCACCUGGACCAGGGCCGCGCAGACCUCAUGCAGGUGGCCACCAUCGCCGAGCUGCUGGAGGUCUUUGACCUGCGCAUGAUGGUGGCCAAUGCGCUGAACAAGGAGAGUUUCAUGAACCAAGAGAUCACCAAAGCCUUCCAUGUGCGCCGUGCCAACCGCAUCAAGGAGUGCCUCAGCAGGGGCGUCUUUGCGGACGUUGUGUUCCUGGUGGAUGACGGGUCAGUGCCGGCCCACAAGCCGCUGCUCAUCGCGGGCUGUGAUUGGAUGGUGGCUAUGUUCUGCGGCAACUUCCGGGAGAGCUACGCCACAGAGGUCUCCCUGCCUGGCACCAAGUGUGCCUGCCUGCGUGCUGUCCUGGAGUUCCUCUACACCGGGCACUUCACCCCCAUGCCUGACCUGGACGCCAUGGAACUGCUGAUCUUAACCAACCGCCUGUGUCUGCCCCGGCUGCAGGCACUCACAGAGCAGCAUGCUGUGGACGAGCUGCUCCGAGCCUACAUGCAGCAGGUGGAGAUUGACCAGCAGGUGAUCCUCUACCUGGAGAUGACUCAGUUCCACAAUGCCCAGCAGCUGGCCGCAUGGUGCCUGCACUACAUCUGCACCAACUACAACAGCGUCUGCCGCCGCUUCCCCAGGGAGAUGAAGUAUAUGGCGCCAGAGAACAAGGCGCACUUUGAGAGGCACCGCUGGCCACCUGUCUGGUACCUGAAGGAGGAGGAUCUGUACCUGCGCUCGAAGAAGGAGCGGGACCUGGAGGAGCAGCUGCUUCGGAAGCAGCACACCCGCAGCAAGUGGUGCUUCUGGCGCCCCUCGCCCCAUGUCUCCUGAGCCCCCCUGUGCUGCUUGUGCCUUGCUGAGGAUGGGAGGGGCUGCCAAGUGGGGAGCUUGGCCCAAGGGACAUUUUGUGUGGGUGAGCUGGGUAGGGCUGGUAGCUGGGUGCCCAUGCCAGCCAGUGCCCCUCAUUCCCGCUUUCAUGGGCACUGCAGCCGUCCCUGCCUGACUCUCUGCACCAACGGGGGCUCCUGGCACGUUUACAGGCUCUUCUGGCCACUGCUGCCCUUAGUUUACAUCUGUGGCUCUGCUGUAGCUUGGCGGUGCCUUCGUCCCCAUUGCCCUGCAGGGAGGUGGCGGGGGACCCAAACCCAGCACAGCUGGAGGGCCACAUGUGAUCUAGCAGGAGUGGGGGCUGCAUUCAUGAAUCCACUGUACUCUGGGGAGGGGGACCCCUGGGUGGGGGUUGGGUCACAGCUGUGGGGGGGAGGCUGCUUUUCCCUCCUUCCCUGAUGGUGGGGGUGCUGAGAGGGUCCCCCGAGGGACCUCAGAGCAGCACUCUGAUCCCUGCAGGGUCUGGCCUGCACCUCCUCUCCCUGGUCCAGGCUCCCCCUAGGCCUUGGGGGCAGCAGAGCUGUGCAGGGGGGUUGGAUCAGUGAGCUGAGUGGUGGGGAGCUGUGGGUGGCAGGGGGAGGGUGGGGAAGUAUGGGGUGAGGAUUUCUCCCUGCUCUAGAUACCCCCAGCGUAGUGAUGGGGUGGCAGAGGUGUAUACUUGUGGGAUGCAGCUGGGGCCAGAGCUGCAUUUGAGGGUCUGAGCUCUGGGGGUGCAUGUGGGAGCUGGGUUGGGACAGAUUUUUGUGUGCGUUUUUGGUAGUUGUAGAAGCUGCGCCCUUCCCCCUUUGUGCUUUGCCUGCUCUGGGGCUAGGGCAGCCUGGAGGCCCUGACUGGCUCCUCUCUGUGCCUUUGCCACAACAAGCCUCAUCCCCAACUCGCCCCAUCUCCUGAGAGGGACUGGGUCCCUGUCGUCUUCCCUGGAGUUGCCCUGAGCCGGGGAUAUGGCUCCUCCCCCUUUUUUUCUACACUACGGUGCGUUAAGGGAACUGCCCCGUGCUGGCAGGGCUCCCCCUCCCUGGGGCCGCACGUGCCACCUGCACAAUGGUUUUUACACUUUUCUAUGGAUCCCGGCUCCUGCCAGGCCUCGCGGAGCACACCGUUCCCAUGCUGAGCCGUCACCUCACUCCGAUUAAAGGGCUGUUUGUAUCCACGUUUCUAACCACUGUGAGCUGGCCCAGCACUGCCCUUGCCCGUGGCCUGGCCUUUUUACACCUCGCAGUAUUGGACUGUUUUAACCUUUAAUAAAACCUUUUGUAAUGUG